CAGAAUGCACCUCGCACUGUAAACAGGAAAUGUGUGCCUUGCCGGGUUGUGGUGCUGCUGCAGCCAAAAAUCUACUUGAUGUUUAGGUUUAUCUUAUGCUAACCAUAAAGUUUGUGCUCGAAGACUAAGUUAGCUUAAGUGUGCUCUGUGGCUAACGUGAGUCCUUAUAUUAGUGUGCUCCGUUUAGUGGCUGUGUGAUUGAUUUUACCGUUAGUCAACUGUCCGGUUUUAAAUUGCUGAACGCUAAAAACGAGUAGCUGCAUAAAAACAUGAAAUGAUAAAAUUGUAAAACCAUUUUCGUUAAAUGUAUAAGCUAAAAUAAUGUCGUGUCCCUAACAUCAACACACAUACUAAGUAGUGUUUAGCAUAGCGGUUACCAAUGGAGACAGGAGACGCCUAAUCAGAUUUAGCUGGUGUUAGCUAGCUAGCUUCAAGUUUUAACGCUACCAGAAGAAACUGAUCAUGGCAGGCAAACCGAAGGCUAAAACCUCUAAAGGUUCAUUCAAAGAUGAUGAUUUGCUUGACAGCUUUUUUGAUGAUAUAAAAGAGUCAACAAGGGGGAAAGCAAGUCGUGGAGGACCACUGCAUCGCACAUAUGCCAGUGAUAAUAUUUUUAGUAUGCUAGCAGAGGAGGUAAAGCAGGACGGUGUGGACUCUGAGGACUCCGACGUGUCAGCAGCUGAUCCCAGUGUCAUACUGAAGAACAUGAAGGACAUGGAUGAUAUGGAUGCCGACCUUUUCUCAUCAAAGAAAAAGUCCCAUUCACCUCCCGCACAAACAAAGCAGUCUGGUAAUGAAGGGCCAAAGAAAGACUUGGCUGUGUUAGAAAGUAAUGUGAAACCAGAGAGAGCAGAUGAACCCACCAGAGGAGGGAAGAAGCCAAACUCUGCACCUUCAUCCACGACCCGUAACUACAAGAAGUUCACCUUCUCUGACAGUGGUGAUGGUGGUGAUGAUGAAGGUGUUGGUCAGACACCUUACACUAAAGAUCUGGAUGACCCUCUGUCUGACCCACUCGAUGACUUGCUUCCAGAUGAAACAAAGCCUGAAUCUAAAUCCAGCCAAGCCAAACCUGACAAAUCUGUGCCAUCUCCUUCAGCAUCUCCCAUCGUAAAGAAGGAAACAAAUAAGGCAGCAAAGAAGGGUGAGAUCACAUUAGAUGAUGAGGAUGACUUCAUCGAUGCACUCGGGGUUGAUAGUGAUAAAAGCAAUCCCAAGAAAGAGUCUUCGCUUUGGUCUACCAAGGAAAGGAGUGAAGCCCCUCAGAGAAGCGCCCCUCGUACUAGAAUCACUGAAAUUCUAGAAAGUUUGACCUCACCACAGCUGCUGGAGCAGCCACCCACGGGUGAGAGGAAGGACCAGCUGCAGUCUCAAGAGAAGCAGCAACAGGAGAAGACUGCAAAAGAGCCACUUAUAGAAGAUGACCUGACAUUCGGGGCCUAUCAGCCAACUGUAGGAUCCACUCCUGAAGGGCGUCACUCACGCAGACAGUCUGUCAGAUUUUCUACGGAGGAUGUCAGCGCAUCUACCCCAGAAAAGAAACCGAAACCCACCACACCAACCUCCAUUCGACACCGCAACUCAGCCGACUGGCUCGGUCUCAAGCCUAACGAGGAACCAAACUACCUAGAAGAUGGUCCCAAAGAGACCAAGAUUGCAGCAGAGUCUCCAAAAGCCUCCUCUUCUCCUGUGUUGGAGAGAAAGUCAUCUUUGACUGGUAGUCAGACCACAUUUGCUGCAAAAAUGUCGGGAAAUGCCCCAGUCCCAACUGAUAGUAUCUCCAAACACGCUAAGUCAGAAUUUUCCAAAAGCCAGAGGAAAGAAGAUGAAGAGGAUGACUGGUUAGCUGGUGCACUCAGUAGAAAGAAGGCUUUUUCAUCUUCCAAUGCAGGGACAACAACUUUAAAGCAGGAAGACUCCUUAGACCUGAAAGAAAAAGUGGAUCUAGAGUCAAAUGUUAGUCAUCAAGUCACAACACAAACUCCCAGAGGCAAAGAAGAUAAUGUUUCAUCUGUCAAGGAAACUAGUAGCACCUUUUUCGGACAGCUCAGCCCUACUGCUCAUUCCAUCCCUGUCAGAGAGGAGAGGCAAAAGCAAGUUCCACAACCAAACCAAAUGCAGAAUACAUCAGCUGCGGUCCAACAACAGCCAGCAUUUUCAGCAGACAGUUUGCAGCAACUGCUACUACAACAACAGACUCAGCUGCUGGGUCUGGGGGGUUUGCAGAAAACUGGAGAUUAUCAAAUGUUGCAGGCUCGCAUCAUCCAGUUGGAAGGACAGGUGAAGACACUGCAGCUGGAGCGAGACCAGAGCCAAAUGAUGUUGGAGAAUUUUCAGCAGCGGCAUAAACAGGAUAUGGAACUCGUUGAGAAUACGCACAAGACUCGUGUGAAGCUGCUCGAAGAUUCAGCAGCCCAGAGGGAGGCACGAGCGCAGCACGAGUGUGAAGAUCUAAUGGAACGCCUGACCACAGUAACACGAUCGGCUGAGCAGGAGCGCUCGGAGCUGCAGGCUCAGUACCAGAGAAAACUGGCCCAAGCCCAACAGGACAGAGACCGCGAGGUGGAGAGACUCAGAGAUCUGCAGAGAAAAUCUAUCUUAGAGAUGAAGAAAGACCAUGAGGAUCAGGUCCACAGACUGAAGAGGCUAAAGGACGAAGAGAUUGACGCCGUCACAAGUGCAACAUCUCAGACCAGGUCUCUGGCAGGAGUAAUCGAGCAGAUGGAGCAGUUCUCCUCUCGGCUUGGAGAGCUUUCUUCUCGGGUGGAGAGCACACAUGAACACACUGCUCACGGCUUAGAGCAAGGGGCACGGCACAGAGACGAGCAGCUUCGAACAAUGCAGGACCGUCUGAUGCAACAGCAGAAAUCCAUGGCAGAAGAGAGAACGUAUCUCAAGGAAAUUAUUGCCAGGAUGGACACUCAACUCAAUGAGCAGCAGAGACAGCUUGAGAAGGAGCGCUGGAAGAUGACAGCAGAGCAGGCCAAAGCAGAGUCUACCCUCAAAAGCCUGGAGGAAGAGCGCCGUGUCCUCAGCAUGCAGCUCAGCAUCGAGAGAGAGGAGCUGGACAGAGCCAAGAGUGCACUGCUAGAGGAGCAGAAAACCGUAAUGCAGCACUGUGCAGAUGAGCGGAGGAAGCUGGCAGCCGAGUGGGCCCACUUCCACGCCCAGGAGAAGCAGAGGCAUGAGAGGGCUGAACGGGAGGUCAGCAGUCUCAUAGAGAAGAGAGAAGGGUCCAUCAUUAGUCUGGCACAGGAGCAAGCUGACCUGAAGCUUCGUACAGCGGAGCUAAAACAGAAGGAGAUGACUGUUGCACAGGAGCGAGAGACUCUGGAGAGGCUAAGAGAAGAGCUGGACAGAGAGAAAGAGAGAAUAAGUCGCACAGCUCUGAGGUUCGAAACAAAAUCCCAGGAGGUCGAGGCCUUCAGCAAGCUCGCCGCAGAUAAAUAUGAAGAGGGAGAACGAGCGCUGCAGGAGGCAAAACGCGUUGAGGCUGAGCAUGAGGCCCGACUCAGAAGUAUUCAUUCCCAAACAGAGCAACUGAGGCAGCAGCAGCAACGAAUCCUAAAGGAACAAAUGAAGUUAAGUCACCUGCAGAAGGACACAGAAAGGCUGAGACAAACCCCUUCCAUUAUACCUUUGCCACAAAUUAUUCCACCAACCUUUCCAGAUCCAGUGUUGGCUGAUUCUGAGCUGACAGCAGCCCUGAAUGUUCCUCCUCCUACUUCAUUUGCCAACACUCAGUCCAUGGCACUUCAGGCCAGUCUGGCCCUGUGGAAGUAUACUGCAGAAAAGGACCGUGAAUACCUCCAAGAGGAGCAGAUUUUCCUCGAUAAUCUGAAGAAGAAAUCAUACAGGUCACCGUUCAACACAGACUGAGCCCUCCCAGCAGGACUCGUGUUACCCCUCAUGUAAAUGGUUGAAUUUUAUACAUGCAGUUUUAAUAAACAUGUUUCUGAUCAAA